GCCGGUUCCGACUCGCGUGGAUAUACACUCUCCAGUUGUGCAAACCACCGGAAUACGUCCGACUCGAGGUGCGUUCACUGAGCCGUUACGUUUGUUGGACAAUCCAAUGUCCUUCGUCUUGGACGCCCCCACGCGGCGCGUCAGCCUCAUUACAGCAGAGCCACAUUUGAUGACGUCAGUGCCACGCUUCGCUAUUAAAGUCCACUUUUCCAUGGCAACGCGUUCAGCUGCUUGCCAGAAGCAGGUGCGCGGAAUCUCUUAAAAGUGGCACACCGCACGCACGCGCGCGUCGGAGCUUCGCAAUGCCGUCGCCUCUGCUCUGGGUUCUGCUGGCCGGACUGAGCGUCGUUUGUGACGCGGGAAACGCAACGCUACAACAAAGUGGAGGCGAGCAGCAAUCGGGGAAUUUCGCGGGACGCUACGAGCUGGCAGGGGUGCGCCCGUUCGUGGCGCAAAGGCAACCGGCGGACGCAGAGACGCGCAUCAUCGGCGGCCAGGAGACAUGGGCGCACUCGUGGCCGUGGCAGGUGUCGCUGCUCUUCGCCACCAUGCCGGCGUGCGGCGGCGCCAUCCUGGCGCCACGCUGGGUGGUCUCGGCGGCGCACUGCUUCAGAAGGUACAGCAAAGCCUCUUUCUGGACCGUCCUGGCGGGAAAACACGACCUGGACGACCCUGACGAGCAAGGGGAGCAGGUGGUGGGCGUGUCGGCCAUCGUCAGCCAUCACCGCUUUCACUCCGGCACCAAGGAAUUUGACGUGGCUCUGCUGAGGCUGGAGCGCCCGCUCUCAUUCGACCGCUUUGUGCGACCCAUUCACCUAUGGAUGGCGCCGUUGCCCACGCUGCACAAUUGCACCGUCACCGGCUGGGGCUCCACACGCGAGAAUGGGCCGCGCGUGAACACACUCCAGGAGGUCAACGUGACGGUGAUGACCUCUGACCUCUGCCAGAGUUACUACAAGAGCAGGAUACGGACAUGCAUGUUCUGCGCAGGACAGGCAGGGGGCGGAGUCGACGCCUGCCAGGGCGACUCCGGCGGUCCCCUAUCCUGUUACGACGGCGGCCGCUACCGACUGGCCGGCGUAGUGAGCUGGGGCGUGGGCUGCGGUCGAGCCAGGAAGCCCGGCGUGUACACGGCGGUGCGAGAACACGCCCGCUGGAUCGCAGACGUCAUCGGUAUGACUUUGGCCGGGCGCUCCGCCGUCAUCGACUCGCGUUCCGACGGUUCCGGUGCCUUUCAGACAACCAGGACGUGGCCUACGCCGUCAAGGCGGCCGAAGCUGAAGGCCACGCGCUGUGACGACAGAGAACCGGUGCGGCAAGCAGCAGAGGGCCGCCUCUGCCCGGGGCUUCCGGGCCCGGCCGGCCUUUGGCUGGCCGAGGAUGGCGGGACGUGGACGAAGAACGUCACAGAGGCAUGCCCGGGGGCGUGGCCCUGGCAGGUCAGCUUGCAGGCGAGCGGCAUUCACUACUGCAGCGCGGUUCUGAUCAGCCGCCGCUGGUUGCUGGCCGCGCGCCACUGCAGAGUCAGCAUGGGAGAGGAUGUGGCCGUCUUGGGAGGUCACCAUCUGGGCUUGUCUCUGUCCCAAGCCGUCCCUGUGGACAAGGUCUUCGACCUGCCUCAGGAGGACGGCUUCCCUCCGAGACACGACCUCUCGCUGCUCCGCCUAGCUGUUCCUGCCAGACUGGGAGUCAGCGUGAUGCCGAUUUGCGUGCCGGAAGAGGACGAGGAACUGGACGACAGCUGGACGUGCGUGAGCGCCGGCUGGGGGGCCACGUCGGCCACGGCCGCCCUCGACCCGCAGCGUCUGCACCACGCCCGCGUCGCCCUGGUGGAGCGCGCCCAGUGCCGAGCCCAGUGGGGGCGGGACCUGGUGGACGACGCGCACGUGUGCGCCCACGCUGUGGCCGGCGCCGCCUGCAUGGGCGACUCGGGAGCGCCGCUCUUCUGUCAGAAGCACGGCACCUACUUCUUGUUCGGACUGCUCACAUGGGGCAGUCGCCGGUGCGACCCCGGCAAGCCGGCCGUCUUUUCCAAAGUGGCCGAUUACCACUCGUGGAUCGGCGAGGCGGCCGGCGAGUGACGGAAGCGCCGAGCCAUUCCAAGCAUUAAAGACCUUUUCACCACCUAAAA